AUGGCAUCUUCAUCCUCCUCCUUGCCUCCGACGACGGAGAGUAAUAACACAAGUCCAUGUUGGUUUCUUCGGGAUGAUUCUUGUAAUAACACCACCCCUAGAGGAAUAACAGAAACACUUCUGGAUCCCACUCAUCAGAAUCAACAACAAGAUGAAACUCAUAUUGCCUCUCAUCAUACCAAUUAUACUCACUCUAUUUUACUCUACGUGAAUGGAAUCAAGCAUCAAUUGAGUUGUCCCAAUCCCGAGCUCACUCUCUCACAAUAUUUACGGAAUGAGCUACGGCUCACGGGCACAAAAAUUGGUUGUAACGAGGGAGGAUGUGGCUCGUGUAUUGUCAUGGUACAACAUUAUGAUCAUCGGACUCAAUCGGUAGUGAGUAGAAGUGUUAAUUCAUGUUUAUUUCCAUUGAUGGAGUGUGAUGGAUGUCAUGUCGUUACAGUUGAAGGAGUUGGCUCGACUCGUGAUGAUAUGCUGCAUUUAAUUCAAAAGAGAAUUAGAGAAUUUAAUGGAUCACAGUGCGGAUUUUGUACACCUGGAUUUGUGAUGAGUUUGUAUACCUUGCUCAGAAACAAUCCAAAGCCAUCUCUUGAUGAAAUUGAAAGAGCUAUGGACGGAAAUUUGUGUCGAUGUACAGGCUACAGACCAAUAUUGGAUGCAGCACGUUCUUUGGUUGGAUGCGGCAUGGAAAAUUGCUGUCAAAAUUCAAACAAGUCAUCAUGCAAUUCGAAAGGAUGUGGCAUGGAUAAUUGUUGUCAAAAUAAUGCAAAACAAAACAACCCUAGCGACUGCUGUAGCGGCAAAAGCAGUGAUGCAAAAGAAUCAUCAUCGGAGCAAUCAACAACCAAAGCAGAUCCACUAUUUCCGUUUGAAUUGAGAAAUUACAAAUACAAACCUCUCAGAGUCAACAAUGCAAGAUCUUUGUCUCAUGCGACUAAACCACUCAUGUGGUAUAGACCUACAACGUUGGAAAACUUUUUAGAAAUUUUGCAGAGACAUCCAAAGGAGCACAAGAGAUUUAUUGUCGGUAACACAGAAAUUGCAAUUGAACAAAGAAUGAAAAACAAACAUUUCCCAGUGGUAAUUCAGCCCACUCACAUUAAGGAAUUGUUAGAAAUGAAAGCUGUGUACAAUGGAGAUUCAGGUGAGGCCUCUCAUUUGAUAUUGGGAGCGAGUAUUACUCUCACCAGAAUGGAGGAAUUUUUACGGGAACAGCAAGAGUUACUUCCACCUCAUCAAGCCAAGGCUCUUGAUUGCAUUCUUGAUCAAUUGAAAUAUUUUGCCUCUACUUCCAUUCGAAAUACUGCGUGCCUUGCAGGUAACAUAGUAACUGCAAGCCCAGUAAGUGAUUUAAAUCCAUUAUGGAUAGCAUUGGAUUGUAAACUUAAAAUCAUGCAUAUGGAUGGACAUGUGAAAACUGUUGAUUUUAAAGAUUUCUUUAUUGGCUAUAGAGAGGUUCAAUUGAAAAAGAGUGAAUUAAUCAUUCAUUUGGAGCUUCCUCUUCCAAGCAGCACUUGUAAAGUUGCAAAUGAUUCCAUUCAAACGUGUGAUCUAAUUACUAAGGCCUACAAACAAUCGAAAAGACGAGAAGAUGACAUUGCGGUUGUGACUGCUGGUAUGAAAAUUAGAAUUGAACGAGAGAGUCAUAUUGUGAGGGAUAUUAGAUUGGUGUAUGGAGGAAUGAAUGCAUAUACAGUGUCAGCUGAAAAGACUCGCUCUUUCUUGAUCGGAAAACAAUUUUCAAAACAAGCAUUCGACGAGUCACUCAGCUAUCUUGCCGAAGAUUUACCGCUCGACAAGAAUGCACCUGGAGGAAUGAUAGAAUAUCGAAAGGCCUUAUCUUUUUCUUUCUACUACAAGUUUUACCUCUAUGUGACAAAAACUUUGAAUAUUCGAGAAUUGACCGAGGAUGAAAAUUCUGCUCUCUUAGAUCAAUACUAUAUUGAAAGAGAUUUUCCUGUUGGGCAACAAAUAUUUAAGCCACUCCAAAUUGGCGCAAGUGUUGGACAACCUCUUCCACACCAAUCAGCUCAUUUACAAGUAUCAGGCGAGGCAAAAUUCGUAGAUGACAUUCUUCCCUUCUAUGGAGAAGUUUAUGCUGCACUUGUUCUUUCCACAAAACCUCUCGCAAAAAUUGUCUCUGUCAAUACUGAGAAGGCUCUCCAAAUGAAUGGAGUUUUAGGAUUUGUCGACCACAAAGAUGUAAAGGGCAUCAACAAAAUUGGUGUUGUCAUUCCACACGAAGAGGAGUUAUUUAAAUCACAAUAUUGUACAAGUACAGGGCAACUCAUUGGAAUGAUCGUUGCCGAGUCGGAGCUUCAAGCAAAGAACGCUGCUCGUGAGGUUGUCAUUGAAUAUGAAACUUUGCAAGAUCAACAACCCAUUUUCACAAUUCGCCAAGCACUUGAGCAUCAAUCGUUCCAUGUGAAGGAAAAGAGAAUAUCAUCACAAGCUCCCUCAUUGAUGAAUCCACAACUCAACAAGCACGCUCCUGAAUUAAUUCAAGAAAUUUCAAACAAUCCUCAACUUGAAAAAGAUCAUGUUCUUGUUGAGGGUGACACCUACACAAACACAGCUCAAGAACAUUUCUAUGUGGAACCAUAUGCUGCUGUGGUGAUUCCUAACUUUCCUGAAUUAGGUGAAUAUCAAGUGUAUUGUACCACUCAGGACUGUUCACACACUCAAAUGACAGUUGCUGAAGUUCUCAAUAUUCCUAGUAAUAAGGUUGUUGCUUCUGUGAAACGACUUGGAGGUGGAUUUGGAGGAAAAGAAUCGAAACCUACAUACCUUGCAGCUGCAGUAGCAGUAGCUGCUCAAAAAUUCCAGAGACCUGUUCGUAUUAUUCUAGACCGAGAUGUCGACAUGUCUACCACAGGUCAACGGCAUCCAUUCUUUGCCAAAUACAAAGCAGCUUUAAACAAGUCAACCUUAAAAAUUGAAGCUUUGGAUGUUGAAAUCAUUUCUAAUGGAGGAUACAGCAUGGACCUGAGUGAAAGCGUUCUCAAUCGAGCCAUGCAAAGCGUUGACAAUUGUUAUUUCGUUCCUGCUUCAAAGAUAACUGGACGAGUGUGUAAAACCAAUGUUCAAUCGAAUACGGCAUUCAGAGGAUUUGGUGGACCUCAGUCCCUUAUCGCAAUAGAAACUGUCAUUGAUCAUUUGUCACACGCUCUCUAUAGCCAACUCGAUACAACUUCACAACAAACCACUAGCCCUUACAAAUUGGCCAUGUCGAUCCGAGAAGCCAAUUUCUACACCUCUCAAAAUUCCAUCACUCCAUUCCAAAUGAAAAUUGAAGACACUGAUCGAAUUCACACGUUAUGGAAUCAAACCAAAGAAUGUGCCAAUUACGAGCAACGUCUGAAAGAAAUUGAAGAUUUCAACUCGAAACACAGAUAUCGUAAAAAAGGAAUCUCCAUGCUUCCUGUGAAAUUUGGCAUUGCCUUUGGAGCUCCCUUCUUGAACCAAGGAGGUGCCUUUAUUAAUAUUUAUCACAAUGAUGGUUCUGUAUUAUUGAGCACGGGCGGUGUUUGUAUGGGACAAGGUCUCUUUAUCAAAUUGAUUCAGGUUGCAUCGACUGCGCUUGGCAUUCCUCCUGAACUCAUUCACAUUAAGGAUACAUCGAGCGAUAAGAUUCCUAACGGGUCAGCCACUGCUGCAAGUGCUUCGAGUGAUUUAUAUGGACAAGCAGUGAUCAAUGCUUGCAAUGUGAUUAAUAAGCGUUUGGAUGCUCUCAAGAAGGAGUUGUUCCCAGAAUUAUUCGCAAAUUAUGUUCUUGAUGAAAAGGACAAACUUCAUGCUCCACCGGUUCUAACUACAGAACAAUGGAUUGAAUUGGUUGAUAAGGCCUAUUACAAGGGAGAUAUCUCACUCAGCGCCACUGGAUUCUACCACACUUCACAGGUGUGGAUGGAUUGGGAGAAGGGCAUUGGAAGGCCUUUCGAAUAUUUCACUUAUGGAUGUGCUGCUAGUGAAGUCGAAAUUGACACACUCACUGGAGAUUGGACCGUGAAACGUACAGAUAUCGUCAUGGAUGUAGGAAAUAGCUUGAAUCCUGCUAUCGACAUUGGUCAAAUUGAGGGAGCUUUUAUUCAAGGAAUGGGAUUGUUUACAAUGGAGGAAUUUAUGUGGGGAGAUGAAUCACACACUUGGAUUCAACCAGGUCAAUGCUUUACCAAAGGACCUGGUGCUUACAAAAUUCCAUCAGCAGGUGACAUUCCAUGCGUGUUUAAUGUUCACCUGUUAAAAGAUUCUCUCAAUCCCAAAGCAACCUAUAGCUCGAAAGGUAUUGGAGAACCUCCUCUUGGUUUGGGAGCAACUGUGUUCUUUGCUAUCAAACAAGCUGUCGAAAGUGCUCGAAGAGAUGCUGGAAUUACUAGUUACUGUAAAUUGGAACCUCCAGCAACAACGGAGAAAAUUAGAGUUGCCUGUUAUGACAAGUUUGUUGAGCGAUUUGUGGAAGAUGAGAACACUAGAAUUAAGUGUAGUUACUAG